AGGUAAUACGUCAAAAGCCCUUUAAGUCGCUUCUUGUGCUUUUACUAUAACACUAUACUAGAUAAAGUUUGUUUUCGAAUAUACUUUGAAUGUGUAACACGGGACAUAUAUAUAACACGACAAAUAUCAUAUGUGCAGUUUAAACUUUUGUUUGAUAGCAGCUUGUGUCUUGAUCAUCUCUUAUGUCAUGUUUUUUGGCUCGUCCUUUUGUAAUUUAUUUGUAUUUUCAUAUGUAGCCGUCGAGUAGGUUAAGACGGACCAAUCUAUUUAGUAUUUAGUGGCUAAUUGAAUUGAAUCCGAUAUUCAUAUGUCGGCUUGUUUCACAUGAACACGAAUUUCAUAUGGUUAGGUUCAAGCUGAAUGUGUGUAUUCAUCAACUUGUUGUGUGUCGUGUUUUAGUGGUUGUUGAGCGUCAUUAUCGCAAUAUUUAACCAAUUUGAAUUAUUUUUAUUAUUGAUUAUCUUCAUCUUUGAUUUUUUUAUUUGUUGUUGGGCCUUUGAAUUUGCUAAACAGCAUAAUUAUACUUAUUAUUACAAUCAUUAAUUAUAAAAGAUUUUACAUUAAUUGGAAGUGCAUGUAGUGAACGAGCGGGUGGAUUUAUCCACCUCAGAUCUAACGACACGUGUCAUUUUCAAUGGCAUCCACGUUGAGUGGGCCUCCUCCUAGCAGUUGACACUCGUCACGUCACCGUAACGUACGUUUUGGUGGAGCCACGGAAUUUUAAAAAGUUAGAGCAAGGGCUUUUCCGUAAUUUUAAAUAUCCCCAGGCAAGGGGUCCCUUUUCCAGUUUCUUCUCGUAUCGGCGUUACGUGUGCUCUACGCGAAAUCCGAGCUUUGAUUCUCUCGCUCUCUCGGAGUAGUGGAGUGAGAAAAUUUCCCACUGAAAUCUGAGAGAGUUUGAGCACUUUUUUUUUCUGUGUCUAGUGUUGGUUUUCGGCAGUCGGUGAUGGUUGCGGAGGAACGAUUAGGGCUUUAGGGAUAGGGAUUUGCAGCUUGGGUUUCUAUUUUGUUGAUGGGAAUUGUUGUGAGAGAAGGAAUAUGCGGAAAUCGUUCAAGGAUUCACUCAAGGCUCUCGAAGCUGAUAUCCAGUUCGCCAACACCCUGGCGUCUGAGUAUCCGGAGGAGUACGACGGUGGGUGCCUUCAGAUGAGAUUGUCCUACAGUCCAGCUGCUCAUCUCUUUCUCUUCCUUCUUCAGUGGACUGAUUGUCAUUUCGCUGGCGCUUUGGGUUUGCUUAGGAUCCUUAUAUACAAGGCAUAUGUGGAUGGGAAGACCACUAUGUCACUACAAGAAAGGAAAGCUAGUAUAAAAGAAUUCUAUGAGGUGAUAUUCCCAUCACUACUGCAGCUUCACAGGGGGAUCACGGACGUUGAAGAAAGGAAACAGAGGGAGAUAUGUGACCAGAAAUACAGGAGAAAAGACGCUACGGACAAGGGGAAGGCAUCAGAGAUUAAUGUGGAGAGGGAAGAAGAAUGCGGAAUCUGCUUGGAGAUGAGAAGCAAGGUGGUUCUUCCCACUUGCACUCACUCCUUGUGUAUGAAAUGCUACAAGAACUGGCGAGCACGGUCACAGUCAUGCCCGUUCUGUCGGGGAAGUCUGAAAAGGGUGAACUCGGGCGACCUGUGGAUAUACACUGCAGCGAUGGAGAUGGUGGAAUUGCCUGUGAUAUUGAGGGAGAAUCUGAAGAGGCUGUUAAUGUACAUAGAGAAGUUGCCUCUUGUCGUUCCUGACCCAAGUCUCGUCUCCUCCUACCAACCUCUCCCACCUGGGCAACGAAAUGGCCACGUAGGAAAUCCAACUUUCUUUAACCCAAAACAUCGUCUCCCCCAAAAAACACUCUUUUAUCGCGAAGAAGAAGAAGAAGAGAGGAACGCCUCGAAGUUUGAGGCCGUCAUCUCGGUGCUCUCUCCGUCGAGUGGCUCACCGGUGUCACUUGGCAGGACGCCGGAAAGGUGGAGCUGGUGGAAGGGUCAUCGUACUGGGACAACCGCUUCCGUUCUCGAUCUCGGUAUUGUCAAAGGUGGUUGGCUCAACUGGUAGGUGGGUAUGCGCAAAGAGUGUUCCACCCAGGUUCGAACCCCACUCUUGACAAAUCACAUAUUAUCAAAAAAAAAAUUGUUUGGCCCAUCAUGGCAUCAUCGACACCUUCACCUCUUAAACACCCUCUUCUUGUCUAUAUAAAAGGCCCUUUUCUUUUUUAUUAA